AUGGCAGUUCAGUUGUUGCGUUGUGUGCUUGCAGGCUACGCUUUCCUGCUGUUCCAAGACGAGAGUUCCGUACAGGCCCUGAUUGACGCCUGCAUCCAGGAAGACGACAAGCUAUAUCUGUGCGUGUCAAGCCCAACCAUCAAAGACAAGCCUGUCCAGAUACGCCCGUGGAAUCUGAGUGACUCAGACUUUGUCAUGGAUGGAUCCUCACCCCUAGAUCCGCGCAAGACGAUCUUUGUAGGAGGGGUACCCAGACCACUCAGAGCUGUGGAGCUGGCGAUGAUCAUGGACCGACUGUACGGGGGCGUCUGCUAUGCUGGCAUAGAUACAGACCCGGAGCUCAAGUACCCGAAGGGAGCCGGCCGCGUGGCAUUCUCUAACCAGCAGAGCUACAUCGCAGCGAUCAGCGCACGCUUCGUGCAGCUGCAGCAUGGCGACAUCGACAAGAGGGUGGAGGUAAAGCCGUAUGUGCUCGACGACCAGAUGUGUGACGAGUGCCAGGGGGCACGCUGCGGAGGCAAGUUCGCCCCGUUCUUCUGUGCCAACGUCACCUGUCUACAGUACUACUGUGAGCACUGCUGGGCCACCAUCCACUCACGCCCCGGCCGCGAGUUCCACAAGCCACUGGUGAAGGAGGGAGCCGAUCGCCCGAGGACUGUGCCGUUCCGUUGGUGCUAGAUGGCGCCACCAGCGAGCGGUACCACCGAGAACCAGUUGGUGUUUGACUGUCAGCAGCUGCAUGCUUCAACGUGGAAAGUUGUUACACUCAUCGUUUUUCGGAUGACUGUGCAGUUUUGUAUGUAUUUUCUAUACGGCGUAUGAACUUUCGUUUUAUCUGUAACUGAUUAACUAACUUUUAGCCGCAGGGGCGACAGACCCUGCUCCCCCCGUUGUAACUGCUGUGGCGACAAUAUGUUGAUGUGAUAUUCCAUUUCAUAUUACAUUUUUAAUGUAAAAUGGUAUUUUUGAUUGAUGUUGAACUAUGAUUUGAAGAGAGAGAGAGAGAGAGAGAGAGAGAGAGAGAGACAGAGAGAGGGGGGUUAGCGUUCGCGCGUGUAUGAUUGAUGAGUACAGGUGUGAGAGAGAGGGAGGGCCGGGCGACCGGGCCGGGGCACGAGGCUCACACAGCCAGCAUGGCAUGGCGAGUAUUUUGUUUUAGAAAUCAUUUUCUAGGCGUCAGACUGGAUGAGUCCUCGUUCCCCGGCGCCGGUAGCACCGCGUGCACAUACGUGCGCGCGUGUAUGUGCACGCGUGCGUGCGUGCGUGCGUGUGAUGGCAUGUUAGUACUCAUGGGUCCACUAGGGGGCUCUAGAAUCACUCUUCCCGAGGAGCUAUCUGCAGCUAACACAGUCUAUGAGGAUCUGACAGUGAGGUGCCAACUGGUACUGUGGUCUUUAUUUCAUCAAGUUAUGUGUACAUUUAACUUGUAGUGUAUUACCUCAUUGCAUAUAAACCAAAGUGUCGAGUUCAGUCUGCUUUUGGUCAAAGAAGCUGCAUGUGGUUUGUUUACCCGUGGUUGAUGAGAGGCACAUGCAAGUUGUUGACUGUUUGCGUUGUUGCCUGUCUGUCUGUUACCGAAUCAACGGGCAGGUAGACCAAAACGUGCCUCAUGUAAGACAGCGAGCGAGCGAGCGAGCGAGCGAGUGAGCGCGGUGUAAUUGUGAUGGGACGUCUCCCUUGGGGGCGCUGCUGCUGCUGUCUGCGAGCGGCGAGUCUCCGUGCGGGUGGCGCCCCCUGAUGACUGCAAGGUGAAGCGUAUGCACGUGCAGGUGUGCAUAUAGCUGUGAUGUCGAUAAACGGGGAUUAUAAAAGCUAGGACCGCAUUUACUGCAUGGGGUUAGGUAUGCGGGACGCACGUGGCGCACAAUCGUACAUGAUGAAUGAUUACAGGCGCACUUAUGGCACUAGGCCAGCGUGAGCGCGAUUCACGCAGCAGUCCUAGUGCGUGCGUGUGCGUGUGCGUGUGUGUGUAUGUGUGUGUGUGCGUGCAUGUGUGUGUGUGUGUGUGAGUCGUCGAAUGUCCGACGCAACACAGCUUCCCUUUGGCAACUCGCUUAACUGAAGCUGGUUUCUUUGGCCAAAGUAGCGUUAUUCAUACUUGAUCUCAGUAUACCAAAGAAUACAGUCUAUUAAUAACUGAUGUUGUUAGUCCGUGUAGGCUGAUGCUACUCCCUUUAAUGUUCAUUGUUGUUGUUACUAAAGUGUAACCCCUAUGACCGUGGCAGUAUUUUUGCCAACAGGUUCAGUAGAUGCGUCUCGCUGCCACAUGAUGGCGCUACUGUGCAGCUGGGAGUUGUUUUAUAUAUGGGAAAUUUUUUGCAUCAGUGGAGACUGUGCGAGAAGCCCUAGAGUGUGGCAGUGAGGCCAGCGAGUCGCGCUGACGCAGUAAAAAUAAGUGUUCUAACAUUUCUGGUAGAGAGAAGGGAGAGGAAGAGCGAGGAGGAGAGCUGCGUUCUCUUCCCGCGAGCAGUCAAGAGUGUUUGUAUAGGCACCUCGGUGUGGUACUAGUAAUUAAAACCAGUGAUACGUUGUAGCACUGAGCGUGUGCUACUCUAACGACAUUAAUUUAAUGAUGAUUCGGGUCUAGUCAGUCGUCGCCUGUGUUACUAGUGGUAGUCGGAACAGUGAUUCCUCGAGUGUGGGGGCAAUCUAUCUGCUUGCGUGUUGACGAGGCAGAGGAAACUGUCUGAUGUAGAGUGCACAGAUUGUCUAGUGGAACUCUAAACCUUCGUAGCAUGCUUGUGUUUCCACUUUGUAUAUUUUGGUGAACUUUUACUCUACUGAUUUUUUUUUUAAAUAUCGCAUUGCUGUGUGGUGAGCAUCCCCUUCGUGGCACCAGCAUCGGUGCUUCUGUCUACGCCUCGCUGCUAUCCUGUCUCCGCAGGUUUUGCCCUCCCCCAUAACUGACAAAAAAACACGUAUCGCCGUAAUAUGAUAAACAAGUACUUAGGUGUUUUCAAACAUCACUGUGUGUGUCAGCAUUAUAAUACCCGUAUGUCCGCCGCAUAUCAGCAGGCACGUGUCAGUUUGGCUGGUGAAGCCCCACGGAGCACGUGACAGCCGCUCACGCUAUAGGUGGCGCUGGGGAGAAUGCUAGUCUUAGCUAUAGUAUGUAGCUAGUCGUGGUUGUGUGCAACAAACCGUGAGCGUUAUAGUGGUGGCGAAUGAUGAUGACUGACAUGAGAAUUCCGUCUGUGAUGAGAGUAGGAAAAUAGGGGAGUAAGAAUGAGAGGAGGAGAUAGCAAGAGAGAAGUUGAAUGGACAAGAAGGGAAAGAGGGGGAG